AACUGGAACUGUUCUUACCUCACCAAACUGAUCCGAACCAUGAACGUUAUCAAGAUCGUAGUUGGCGGUUUCAAGACUGAAAGUUUGGUCGCCGAUAAGACAAAUAUUAAGGGAAUUUAUUGUACGGAUAUUAAAAACCCUGUCCCCAGUUGGAAUGUCACGGUCAAACACUCGGACAAGUAUCUAAAUGAUUCUAUCCCUGACACUAAGAAGAUCAUGAAGAAUACAGACGUCGGUCAGUUCAACGCAUACAAAGUGUCCCUGAUCAAUGAAUCUGAUCAUCUAGAGGGCAAAAUUUUCGAUCUGUCCAAAAAACUAGUCUCACUCGAGAAUAAUAUUUACGACGUGGGUAAUUCUGUUCUGGAUAUAAAAAUGACUCUUCUAGCAAAUGCGACUAAUGAAACGUUCGCAUCCAACGAUUUGAAGAAGACUAUGCAGGAAUUGAAUGAGUUCACAAAAAUAAAACAAUCGGAUAUCAGUCUGAAGAUCAAAAACUGCCAGCAGUCGUUCAAGCUCGACAAACUAAAGGAAUCAAUCGAGGAAACUGCUAGAAAGCUUCAAGUUUUAAGCAAACAGUUGACAUCCAGUCCUGGUUAUAUGAAUCACGAUUCAAAGCAACAAGAGCUGAAGUCCGCAUCAGCGGGAUCCGAAUCCAGCACAAUGACUUCAAUUUUGCUACUUUUUCUGUUGGUUUUGAUUGCAUCGCUUGUGAUUGUGCUGCUAGUGAUAUAUCGUAACAAACUUGCCAUUGGGUCAAGAAAACCAUCACACUAUGGAACGUCGAACACUCUAACCACAAUCGAGGAUAAUGAAAUCUGAAAUGAGCAGUUAGAUGAAACGGCGAUAGUACGGAACUGUAUUUAUAUCACAGUAAAGUGAAAAAUUACCUAAACUACGGUUAAAAUGACGGUGUUCUUAACGUCUACAUCUCCAAAAACAAUAAAUGAAAUUUAACGGAAUCGGUG